AUGCAAAACAAUCCUCCCCCUGCUCUUUUCUCCUCUCCCAUCUUCCAGCACCUAGGACCCAAAGACCGCAGCCACCUCCUCGCCGCCAACCACUCCCAAUCCGCCAUCAUGACUUCCGAGCAGACCUUCAUUGCCGUCAAGCCCGACGGUGUCCAGCGUGGCCUUGUUGGCAACAUCAUCUCCCGCUUCGAGAACCGCGGCUUCAAGCUCGCUGCCAUCAAGCUCACCACUCCCUCCAAGGAGCACCUCGAGAAGCACUAUGCCGACCUCUCGGACAAGCCCUUCUUCGCUGGUCUGAUUGCCUACAUGGGCUCCGGCCCCGUCGCCGCCAUGGUCUGGGAGGGCCGUGAUGUCGUCAAGACCGGCCGUGCCAUCCUCGGUGCCACCAACCCCCUGGCCUCGGCCCCCGGCACCAUCCGUGGCGACUUCGCCAUCGACGUUGGCCGCAACGUCUGCCACGGCUCCGACUCGGUCGAGAACGCCAAGAAGGAGAUUGCCCUCUGGUUCAAGCCUGAGGAGGUCCAGAGCUGGAAGCAGGCCCAGCACUCCUGGAUCUACGAGAAAUAA